AUGUCCAUGCAGAACAUCAGAGACUACAUCAGCAAUACUUCACUUGAUUCAGCCGGCCUCAUCGCACUCGCCGACCUGCAGACUGUCUCUCAGCGGACGGCUCUCAGUGGCACCCCAUGGAUUAUGGACAUCUUCUUCAUCGCGCCAGGAUUACACAGGCAACAGGACGCGCCUACUGUGAGCGGCGGUGAACUACCUGCCGCUGGUGCGAUGCACAGUGGUUUCGUUUUUCGAAUCGAGAACCCGGCGACGGUUUUCUGGUUGCAGCGCAUUGGCCGUCCUGGCCAUCUCGUCGAAGCGCGAGUACAGGAUACCCCGCAGGCCAUCCAUCCAACGCGACGUGACAGAGCGCUCCGAGCCCUCAUCCGCCGGCGCAUUCGAUCCGCGAUCGCAGCAGUUGUUGACUUGCCCGUCAUCCUUUAUGCGAUGGGUAUACUCUGCACAGCCGUCUCUUUCGCGUUCCUCAUUUCCAUCGGCGACUACUGGGCAGUUGGUGUCCUGUCUAUGCUUGUUUUGGCGAGGGCCAUCAACGUAAUGGUGUUCAGACGGAGAGCCAUUCCGGAUUGGAAAGGCAAACAGGAACCAGGCGUCCCAGGCGACCUGCUGGUUCUCCUCAGUCAGGAUCGCUGGGUUAGGCUGCGCGGCAAAGUAGACGACCUCAAACUGAUCACUUCUGGUCAGUGGGUACGCGACCUCACCCCCGGUGAAGGUUUUGCAGUCGCGGCCGCGACGCUCUCCGUGUACGCAGCUGCCGCCCUCGCGGCAAACUCUACUACCAUUGGAAACCUGGUCAUCGCCAUCCUCCUUCUCUCUUCUGCCGCACUCCUUGGGUUGUGCAACGCAACAACGGCGGACUUUUGUAUGUUCAAUCGCACCAUUUCUCAACACGGAUUGCCAAAGCGGGAUUGGGCGGUCAGGAUGGGUCUUGUUUUACCUCAGUCCGAUCAGUCCGAAUUGAUAUCAGCUUGUCCCCCUUUCAACCUGUCGUGUGCCCAAGCGACAAACCUGAUCGAGCUGCAGCGCAGUCAUCAAGGUAGAAAGUGCAUACCUUCGGUGUUAGCAGAUCGACGAAUAGGUGAUCCCGGCUUGCUCCUGACCAAACUCAAUGAGAUCCUUGGUACUGGGCAUUCGUUUGAAGCUUCGCCGGGCCUGGAGAGCGUUUUGGAAUCAUUGAUCGGCAAAGGCUAUGAUCUUGGGAUGAUAUAUGGAAUGCUACGGCCUUGGUGGUCAUCCAUCGCUGAAGGCCCUUGCACUCUCCUAGCGACUCUCGAUGCGCGGAAGAAUGGAGAUUUCGGGUGUCGUAGACUUCCUGAUCAUCCUCGACGGAUAGGCCUCAUUCCUGCGCCCGCUCCCAACAGACUUUUGCCGCGACGAAUCUGGGACUUGUACAGCAACAGAGUCUUACCAUCAUGGGCAACCACAAUAGCUCCCUGCAACAUUCUUGCUGUUUCGCACGCUUGGGUAGAUCCCUGCAGGCGUCAUGUGGGGAUGACCCUCAUCAAUGCUAACAAAUGGCCCGUUCCCCUUCCUCCGGACAUCAGUCUGGAUGAUAUCCGCAUCGAACUUCUCAAUCUGGAUCAAGAGUCAGAGGGCAUGGGGUAUGCCUGGCUCGACGUAUUGUGUCUGCGUCAGACGGGUGGGAAGUCCCCUGAGGCAGACAAACGUGCUAAAGAGUGGGAGGUUGACGUGCCAGCCAUCGGCGCCAUUUAUCGCGACUGCAAGCUCAUUGUUGUAUAUCUCAACGGCCUUGGGCUUCCGUUCGAGUCCAGCGAUCUCAAUGAUCACCGGCAUUGGUGUAAUCGCGCUUGGACACUCCAAGAAGCGAAUCGCCCUGGCUUCGAGUCUGUCAUUGUUGUUGGGGGGCGGACUGUGACAUCGCCUCUAUUCUCCUUCUCCGAUGUCGACCCUCCAAAUAGCGUGCCUGCCACAGGUAGUUCGGACUUCGUGCGCCUGUUGAAGGUAAAGGUGACCAGCGCGGCGGCACAUAUGAGGCACAUUAUACCGGCGAUAGCAGAGAUGAGCAACCGUUCUGCGACAGGCGACGUCGAUAAGAUCGCUGGGCUGGCUUAUUUCUUCUGUGGGCAGACACAUCCAGCUUUCUACCAAGCGGCGGAGUUCUUCGAGCUGAGAAGAUUCUUCGGACUGUAUGUGAGAGUCAGUGAAUUGGCUGCUCCGAUGUUCUAUUUGAUUUUCAAGGCCAUACGAUGGGCGGUCCCCGGAGCUCAAGGAUUCUAUGAUGCUAGGAUCGUGUCCAGUGCAUGGCGGCGUUUCAUUUAUUGUGUCGCAGCUUCCAUCCGCGCAGACCUGUUCUAUCUCUUUCCUUCUGCGGGUGACGGUCAGUUCAAGUGGGCGCCUUCAUGGCCGCAACUCCUUGCAGGAGCGCGGUCUCUCACGAGGGUCAGACAUGAUUCACUGCGACUGCCGGGGCACUACGGCCCCCUUUUGCCUCACGAAAGGGCGUCGGGGACAGACCAGCUUGCAAUGUCUAAUCAACGAAGUCGGUAUGGCGAUAACGACGAAGAAUACUUCUGUCGAGCCGUUCGUGUCCGUGACUGCCGCGUCAGCGGUUUUGCGUGUGCUGCGCCGCCCACCAAAGAUCACCGCCGAGGCACGAUUACCUUCUCUUCGAAGAGUAAUGAUGGCACGAUUGAUACAAAGACCGUGAACAUGAUUGCUCAUCAUUCCAUCCCUAUCCCUGACGGUACAUACAACGCGCUCCUCAAUUUUGCUGGCGGGAGCCCAGAUGUCUCGAGUUGCCGUUACUGGGUCAUCGGCUUCUCGAGGGCUGUCAGUCACAUCGACAGUAGACUGCGAUUCACCAAGAUCUCUGUGCUGGAGGUUGAUGAUGAUCGUGAAGGGGAAUGCACUAUUAGCAAACUGUGCGAGUACUUCGGUGUACCGACCCAAGGUCGGACGAACGACGGAAACAGGGAUGAGACUAGGAGGGGUGGAAGUGGGAGGAAUAGAUGGGUGAAAGAGGUUCAUCUCGCUUGA